AUGAAGAAAGAAAGUAUUCAUCAUUUAGAUUCAGAUCACGAGAGUGAAGAAUGGGUGAAUAAAGUUGAAGACAAAGGUAAAGACAUAAAAUGUCUGAUGUUAAUUAAUGGAAAAGAAGUAACUUUUCAGGUAGACACUGGAGCUACAGUAAAUAUUUUGCCCAAACAUUAUGCUACUGGCAUAGAUCCAUGUCAUAAAGUUCUAAAGAUGUGGAACGGUAGUACUUUAGAACCAGUUGGAGUUCAUCGUGAACAUGUAAUCAAUCCGAAGAACAACAAAAGGUAUAAUAUUGAGUUUACUAUUGUUGACAAGGAACAUAUACAACCACUUCUAGGGUUGAAGGCUAUUCAAGCUAUGAAAUUGAUUACGAUCCAAGAGAAAGAAUUCCAGUCUGUAAACAUAGUAAACAUAACUGAUUAUAAUAAUAUAUUUUCUGAAGGAAUUGGAGACUUGCCUGGUAUUGUUCAUCUACAGACUGACCCUAAUAUCUCACCUUCUACUAUGCCUGUACACAGAGUGCCUAUUGCUUUGCGAGAUAAACUUAAAAAGGAACUGGACCAACUUGAAGAAAAAGGAAUUAUCCGGAAAAUAACUGAACCAACUUCUUGGACUAGUAACAUUGUCUGUGUAGAAAAACCAAACGGUAAGUUGAGAAUUUGUUUAAAUCCGCUUGAAUUGAAUAAAGCUCUUAAAAGACCAAGAUAUAUUAUGCCUAGUUUAGAAGAAGUGCUACAUGAAUUAAAUGGUGCUACAGUUUUUAGCAAAUUUGAUUUGCAGAAUGGCUACUGGCACAUUUCUCUUGAUGAAGCAUCAAGUAUACUAACAACAUUCCAAACUAUUUUUGGACGAUAUUGUUUUCUGCGCUUGCCUUUUGGCUUGAAUGUAGCUUCGGAAAUUUUCCAAAUUAAGAUGAAACAGUCAUUUGAAGGUCUUCCUGGACUCAUCAAUAUUGCUGAUGAUGUAGUAAUUUUUGGAAAAGACAGAAAAGAACAUGAUGAAAAUGUACAACUUUUUCUACAGAGAUGCAAAGAUCUGAAUGUGAAGCUCAAUAAGGAAAAAAUGGAACUGCAAUGUGAUGAAAUUAUUUUUAUGGGUCACAAAAUCUCCAAAGAAGGCGUGAAACCUGAUGUAAAGAAAAUUCAAGCAAUUAUUGAUCUUAAAAAGCCUAAUAAUAAAGAAGAAUUGAAACGAUUCUUGGGAAUGUGUAAUUAUCAGAUGAAGUUUCUAAAAGAUUAUGCUACUAUUAGUGAACCAUUGUAUACUCUUUUAAAGAAUGAUAUUCCAUGGAAUUGGACAGAGAAACAAGAUGCAGCCCUAAUGAAGCUGAAGAGUCUACUCACAGAAGCACCAACUUUGAAAAUUUUUGAUUUUACAAAACCUGUUCAAGUAGAAUGUGAUGCAAGCCAAUUUGGGCUUGGUGCAGUAUUAAUGCAAGACUCGGGUACAAUUGCCUAUGCAAGUAGAACACUAAAUGCUGCGGAGCGUAACUAUGCUCAAAUUGAAAAAGAAAUGUUAGCUGUUAUAUGGAGUUUAGAAAAAUUUCACCAUUAUGUAUAUGGAAGAAAAAUAACUGUAUACAAUGACCACAAACCUUUAGAAGCUAUUAGAAAGAAACCCUUACACAAGGCACCGAAGCGUUUGCAGAGUAUGUUACUUAGAGCUCAACGUUACAAUUUUGAUUUAGUCUACAAGCCCGGAACACAAAGCCUUGUGUCAGAUACUUUGUCUAGGGCGCCACUGAAUACAACAGAACAAGACAAUAAGAAAAUUGAUAUAGUUUGCAGUGUUCACACUCUGCCAAUUAAAGGAACCUGUUUAGAGAAAAUACAAGAUGAAUCAAAUAAAGAUGAAGAAAUUCUCGCUUUAAAAGAAAUGAUUACAAAAGGAUGGCCAGAGGACAAAAUUGAUGUUCCUCCAAAUAUAAGAAAUUAUUUUGACUAUAGAGAUGAAAUUGGAAUUCAAGAAGGUGUUGUAGUAAGAGGAGAAAGAAUAGUAAUUCCAAAAGCGAUGAGAAGAGAAAUGAAAGACAAAAUUCAUCUAGGACACCAAGCUCAUAAUCGUCUGCCCGAUACAGAAGCCCAUACUCGUCUGAUCGCUCCAGAACUUGGGCUAAAUUCUAUGCUAGAUAGAAACACCCCUUCUACUUCAACAGCCCAUACUCCUCUGAUGGUUCCAGAAGGUUCAGAAAUUUGGCUAAGUUCUGUGCGAGAAAGAAACGCUCCUUCUACUUCAGCAGCCCAUAAUCGUCCGCUCGUUCCAGAAACUGCAGCAGUUAGGUCAAAUGAUACAAACACCUUUUCUUCCGCAGCAGAAACUGAAACGUCGGAUGGGAAGAGUGUAGUAUAUGCGGAGAAGAAAAAUGCCACCCAAGAAGCACUGAGCUGUGUUGCGUAUAUGAGAGCUUUUUACAACUGCGAUUCGAGGCAUACCAUUUCUUUCCGUCAACCGUCAAUCAAAUAA